UGAGGAGCGCGCCCGUCCGGUGGAGUUGGUUCGCCCGGGACCCAGCCAUCCGCUUUCCACCGUCUGAGAGGCGGCCGCGGACUCCUCACAAGUUCAGGGCUGGACUCGGAGCCCGGAUCCCCGCCCGCCACCCCGGAGCCCGGUCCGGAGCCCGAGGAGCGCCGGCUGCCGUUCCCUGCGGGACCCAAAGGGAAGCGCGAAGGCGAAGGGGGGCAGGAUCGCCAAAGUGGGUCAGAGCAUCCUAAGCACUGAGUCUUGCUACAGAUGCCAGAAUGAGAAGGCGCAAGAGUCCUGAUCCCCACCAACCAGCCUCUCAGGUGACCAUUUCUGGGCCUGGGACAGGAACCACUGUGCCCCUGGCUGCCCCCUCUCCUGUCACCUUCACCGUGUUCAACCCACAGAGGCCCCCAUCUGAGGUUGGUGUGACCUUUGAGGAUGUUGCUGUGCGCUUCUCUAAGGAGGAAUGGUGCCUCCUUGAUGAGGCUCAGAGACACCUGUUCCUGGAAGUGAUGCUGGAGAACUUUGAACUCACAUCCUCUCUAGGUUGCUGCUGUGGAGCAGAGGAUGUGGAGGUACCUACUGAAGAGCUUAUUUCUGUGAGAGUGUCAAAGGCAAAGAACCCCAAGGUAGCUUUAUCCUCCCAGAAGAGCCAUCCCUGUAAGAGUUGUGGGCGAGUCCUGAAAGACAUCUUUUAUUUGUUUGAACAGCAGGGAACACCACAUAGCCUGAAACUGUUGAGGUGUGGGGCAUGUGCAAAGCAGUUUUAUUUCAGCAAGAAAGCCAUUGGCUGCAACCAGUCGCUUGCUCAGGACCAUAGUGUCCAUAAUGGAAUACAGUGUCUUGUGUGCCGUGAAUGUGAGAAGUCUUUUACAAAAAUCUCUGACCUCCAUAAUCAUCAGAAAUUUCACACAGGAGAAAGGCCAUACAAGUGCAGUGAAUGUGGGAGAUGCUAUAGAAAACACUCCACACUCAUUCAACACCAGCAAGUUCAUUCUAUAGAAAAGUGUCAUGAGUGUGCUGAAUGUGGGAAAUUCUUUAUCCAAAGGGGAGCCCUUGUGCAACACCAGAGAGUUCACACUGGAGAAAAGCCAUAUAAAUGUGAUGAGUGUGGAAAAUCCUUUAGUCAAUCUUCAACCCUCGUUGAACACCAGAGAGUUCACACUGGAGAAAAGCCAUAUGAGUGUGUUGAAUGUGGGAAAUAUUUUGCCACAAUCUCUAGACUUUAUGGCCAUCAGAGACUUCACACUGGAGAAAGGCCUUAUGAGUGCAGUCAGUGUGGAAAAUCUUUUACCAGAAGCUGUAAUUUGCAUCGUCAUCAGAAAUGUCACAGCGGAGAAAAACACGAAUGCAGUCAGUGUGGGAAAUCUUUUACCGAUAGGGGAAACCUCCGUCGUCAUCAGAGACUUCACAAUGGAGAAAGGACUUAUGAGUGCACUCAGUGUGGGAAAUCUUUUACCGAUAGCAGAAACCUCCUUUGUCAUCAGAGACUUCACACUGGAGAAAGGACUUAUGAGUGCACUCAGUGUGGGAAAUCUUUUACCACUAGCGGAAACCUCCGUUUUCAUCAGAGGGUUCACACUGUAGAAAGGCCUUAUGAGUGCACUCAGUGUGGGAAAUCUUUUACCACUAGCAGAAACCUCCGUCGUCAUCAGAGCGUUCACACUGGAGAAAGGCCUUAUGAGUGCACUCAGUGUGGGAAAUCUUUUACCACUAGCAGAAACCUCCGUCGUCAUCAGAGCGUUCACACUGGAGAAAGGCCUUAUGAGUGCACUCAGUGUGGGAAAUCUUUUACCACUAGCGGAAUCCUUCGUUUUCAUCAGAGGGUUCACACUGGAGAAAGGCCUUAUGAGUGCACUCAGUGUGGGAAAUCUUUUACCGAAAGCAGAAGCCUCCUUUGUCAUCAGAGGGUUCACACUGGAGAAAGGCCUUACAAGUGCACUCAGUGUGGGAAAUCCUUUACCACUAGCGGAAACCUCCUUCGUCAUCAGAGACUUCACACUGGAGAAAGGCCUUACAAGUGCAGUGAAUGUGGGAAAUCUUUUAUCAGGAGCUGUCAUUUGAGUGAUCAUCAGAAAUGUCACACUGGAGAAAAACAUGAAUGCCAUCAGUGUGGGAAAACUUUUACCACUGGUGAUGGCCUUGGUCGACAUCAGAGACUUCACACUAGAAAAAUAUAUGAAUGCAGUCAGUGUGGGGAAUCUUUUACCACUAGCAAAAGCCUCCUUUUUCAUCAGAGUGUUCACACUGGAAAAAGGCCUUAUGAGUGUACUCAGUGUGGGAAAUCCUUUACCUCUAGCGGACACCUCCUUCAUCAUCAGAGACUUCACAAUGGAGAAAGGCCAUACAAGUGUAGUUAAUGUGGGAAAUCUUUUACCAGGAGCUGUCAUUUGAGUGAUCAUCAGAAAUGUCACACUGGAGAAAAACAUGAAUGCAGUCAGUGUGGGAAAUCUUUUACCACUGGUGAUGGCCUUGGUCAACAUCAGAGACUUCACACUGGAGAAAAACAUGAAUGCAGUCAGUGUGGGAAAUCUUUUACCACUGGUAAUGGCCUUCGUCGACAUCAGACACUUAACACUGGAGAAAGGCCUGAUGAGUGCAGUCAGUGUGGUAAAUCUUUCACCACUAGCCAUGUCCUCCGUCACUAUCAGAGACUUCACAUUAUUGAAAAGCCUUAUGAAUACAGUCAGUGUGGGCAGUUGUUUGCCAUGAACAAAUACUUGUAUCAUCAUUAGAGAGUUCACAUGAGAAAGGCCUCAGGAUUGCAGUGAAUGUGGGAAAUAUUUUGCCAGAAACAUCACUUUCAUUGUCAUCAGACUGUUCACAGGGUGUGCCCAUACUUUUGGAGGCAAUCACUUUCAAAGACCGUGCAAAGGGCCAUGUGUCCUAAUGUUUGCAACUUUAUUUGUGAUGGUCACUUGGGUGUACGUAAGUAGGGUUUAAGGGAAUGCAUAUCUGCUACAGAAUCACUGGCCUAAUAGGGAUUGUGCAUAAUUCUUAUAAUGGAGAUAGGUUUAAUUUCUCUUCAUUAAUAACUCAUAAUGCAAUGUCCAAGUCAGAAGAGAGGUGAAUGUUUAACUUAGAGAAAUUAGAAAGUUGUGAUUUAAGCCAAUUGCACAUUUUUGCAUCCUUCCAGAUUCUCUUCUAUCACAGAUUUAAUUCCUCCACAUUCUAGAAAAGAUUUGGUUUGGUCAGUCAUCCUUUAUUUAAACUUUUUUGUAACUUUGUCAUGCUAUGUCAUUGUUCAGUUGCAUUUUCUUCUAAGGUUUUAUGGUGAGACCUUUUUCAGAUGUGCAUUUGCUAUCUACAUUUGGUUAAUUUCUGAGCAUAUGUUCUGCCAAAUCUAUGAAUUUUGGCAAUUUUCUUUAAGAAAUGAGCAGUUAAAUAACAAAAAGGAAGGUUGGAAUUUCUCUGUUUGCAUCGCUUUUGCUUUGUAGGAUAAGUGUUUUUCAUGUUGGAAAAAAAGCAAAUAAAUAAUU